CUUUCCCAUCAUCCUUGCACUUUUUGGGCUUUCUUUGUUUUCUUGCUACCUCUCUCUCCCUCUCUCUUCUCUUUUCUAUUAUAUCCUUCUUUUCAGUCAUUCAUGCCUUUUGGUUUUGUCUAAACCGUACUCAAGACUCAGGAGAAAAUGUAUCACAACCAUCACCUCGGUCCCUGUUUGCUUUGCAACCCUCACAGCUACAUAAGAAUGGUUCAACAUCUUAUAGAGAGAUGCUUGUUACUUCACAUGAGUUGUGACCAGUGCAUAAAGGCGCUAGCAGAGCAUGCAAGCAUUAGGCCAAUUGUCACACUUACAGUGUGGAGAGAGCUACAAAAGGAGAAUAGGCACUUCUUUCAAGCUUAUUUCCACUCUAUCUCUCCCAGGCCUUUAAUGGGUAGUUAUAUUCAAAGGGGGCCAAGAUUUGCAAGAAGGAAACACUACUGAAGUGAAUUGAAACGUACAUAUAUAUGUUAAAGCUACUUAAUUAGAACUCAAAAACUAGAUGAUUUUGAAUAUCCUAGAUUGUAAUUACAGCUGCUAAAAUAAGGUUCCAUGGUUAAAGUGGAUAAAAUCCCACUCAGGUAUGAAAUAUUUUUUUAUACU